AUGGUGCGUGACAGGUUGUCCGAGUUCAUGGAAAAUCAACACAUCUUCGCAGACUCCAUGUCCGGAUUUUGCCCGCACAGGUCCGCACAGGAUGUUCUGCUACAACUCAAUCGAGACAUCCUUGACCCGGUCGAAUGCCCCCACAACGAUAAGGUCGUACUCGCCCUGGACUUGAAGGGGGCCUUCGACAACGUUACUCACGAGGUAAUACUCACCCAUCUUUCACAAACCGGCUGCGGACGCAACGCGUUCAGAUACAUUCGGCAAUUUUUGACAGAUCGUGACUCCUACAUUAAAAUCCAGCACACUGAACAUGGACCCUUCCGACUUGGAACCAGAGGAACACCACAGGGUGCAGUGCUGUAUCCUCUCCUAUUCAAUCUGGCUACGAUGCACCUGCCGGCCCAAUUGGGUGCUGUCGCUGGUGUGCAGCAUGCGCUGUAUGCCGACGUCAUCACCCUGUGGGCCACGCAGGGCUCACUCGGACACAUUGAGGCCAACCUGCAACAAGCGGCGACCAUAGUGGACCGUUAUGCUCGCCACUGUCACCUGCAAUGCUCCCAUCAAAAGUCUGAAUUUGUACACAUACGCCCCUCACCAAAGUGUACAGCCAAAAUUGAGCUCUUUCUGGAGACAGGACCAAUUCCUGAACACACAGAAGUCCAGGUACUAGGGCUUUUCAUUGAUCAACAUAGACGGUCCAACACUACCCUGGCCCAGCUCCGUAAGGUAGGGGACCAGGUGAGCCGCAUGGUCCGCCGGGUUUCCAACAAACGCAGGGGGUUGCGGUGCAAAGACGCCUUGCGGCUGGCGCAUGCAUUCGUGAGCAGUGGAAUAUUAUAUUCGACUCCUUACCUCCACCUUCGGAAACAAGACGAGGAUGCACUCGAAGUCAUCCUCCGCAAAAUUAUUAAGAGAGCCCUCGAUCUGCCCGUGAACGCCUCCAACCAGCGUUUCCUGGGUCUAGGCAUGGUGAACACGUUCCGGGAGCUCCGAGAGGCUCACUUAACUAACCAAUACCCACGCCUCUCUAAGACACUGUCGGGUCGCCGCCUCCUUGCCCGACUACACAUCCAACACACCACCCUUAUGGAAGAAUGA